UGUGGCAGCCCUAAUUUUCCAGUUAGAAAAUCUAUUACAAUAUAAAAGUCUACACGAUAUACGGUUAAAUUUCGCAGCUGGCAAAAGUGAAGUCUACAAAUGCGCGCAAGACGCUGUUUUUAGUUAUAAAAAGGCAGAAUAUAGGAAACCAAUAAAAAUAUCUGACAUUUCGAGUACUUUUUGCUUAUAGAAACUAAAAGAGAUAGAGCUAACUGGUGGGCAGCAAAUAAAAGGUGUUGAAAUUUUACACUGCAAUCCAGUGCGUAAUGGAGGCCACCAAUGUUUUAAAAGAAUAUCUGGAGUUGUUUACCGCUGAUUGCAGGCAAUUAAAAUUAGUAGUGGCACCGAAUGCUGUCGUCGAUUGGUUCGGGCGCACCGUACGCGGCCCAGCAAAUAUUCAUGAUUACUUGAGAUUCGAAGUAGGGAUACAGUAUGAGCAUGCAGAUUUUGAUAAAGCUGAGGAGUGUCAGCAAAUAGAACAGCGCCCAUCACAUUGGAAAACGAAAUCUUUGCCAACGGGAGAUGUUGAUUUUGUCUUACCUCUUAAUAAAGUUACAGGAUUAACUUCAUUAAAAACAUAUGCAGACAGUGACCUUGAGGAUGAUGAUUUGGAAAUGCAACCUUUGCCUUCAGGUACUCAAACACCAGAACCUCAGAGCGAUGAUAUAGCGCAUAUUGGUGAAUUAACACCACCAUCGAGUACGAUCAAAAUCGAACAUAAAAAUUUAACUGAUUCUGAAAGUGAUUCAGAUGACGUACAAGCGCCCAAACGACUUAAACGCUCUGUGCCAACACCAUUUAGUUAUUUGCGACGCAUACCAACAUCAAGUUCGAAAAUUACUCGUGUUUUGAAGAGGCAGCCAACAGAGACUCCAUUUGAUAUGCCCAUAUUAGGCGAUGAUACAUCCAGUGAUGAGGAAACAGAUGCUGAUUUACGUAAAAAGUUGUCUAAAGAAUAUACACCACUAAAAUAUAUAUCGGCGAUUGGUGUAUUGCGUGCUAAACCACUAUUGUAUUCAACUGGUGAAUCGCCACCGACGUCACAUCGCACGAACGACUGGGAUAGACCAGCGCGUUUGCGUAUAUCAUAUCGUCGGAAUUUAACUGAUCAAUCACUACAAAUCGCUUUGGUUAUUUAUGAACAUUUAACUAAUAACAGUGCAGGUAUGGGUCAAGACGCAACUGCUGCAGCGGGUUUGCGACGUCGUAAUUUGAUGGCAGAGUUUAAUGAAACAGCAGCCUUAAGCGAAACGCCAAAUCCAACGAAUGAAGACGUUGUAACCGAAAUAGCAGGUCCUAGAAUCACUGAAAGCAGUUCAACAGUAACAACAGUGAAUAAUGUUGACGAAGAAAGCGCCGCCAUAAGUGCAGAGCUACUGCGUACACCAACUAAAAACGAUCAUACGCCGCCAGCUACGCCCAAACGUAGACCAAGAGUGCCAUACACGAUCUCUGGCAUGAAACGAAUCGGCUCGACACCCACAUCGUCAACACAAAAACGCAGUGCUGCUCGCACGCUCAGGCUAUAGGGGAGUUGUGCGUUGCAUCGUGGAUAUCGCGAAUUAUAUUUAUAUUUAGCAGAAAAAUUAGUCAAUUUUUUUUUAAUCUUUUGCUUUGCCAGAAAGCGGAGUUCCAUUUGACUCAAUUGUGUGUGAAAAGGUUGGGGCAUGCUACCUUUUAAAAAUCUUUGGUAUUCUAAAGAAA